GGAAAAAGUUGGUAAUUUUAUAAUAAACUAAAAUUUGACUUUUAGGUCAACCACCCCUUUAUGAUAAUUAACCCUUACACUGCAAUUUCCCAUGGGCAACCUAAUUACCCAUAUGCUACACGACUGUGAGCAAUUGUAUUGCAAUAGAGACAACCUGCUGGCAUUGCUUCUGUCCUUCAACCCCACCCGCCACCUCGGAGACAGACACAGCAGCUGAAAAACUUGCCAAACCAGGUCCAAAGUCUUCCACACCUAUGGGAGUGUGGUCACAUGAUCAGAGUGGGAGGGCAGGGCCCCUCUGCAUAGAUAAUAUUUGCUGAUUCUGCCUACAUAACCCUUCUAGGGCUUUCCUAUCUAGGACUCCAGGCUCUUGCUAUCUGCUGUAGGCAUGGCACCGCUGACUGAUGAGCAGGUCCAGAGGUUCCAUAGGGAUGGAUACCUGGUACUGGAGGGGAUCUUUAGCCCCCAGGAGUGUGAGAGGAUGAAGCAGGAGAUUGGCAAGAUUCUGGAAGAAAUGGAUGUGCCGUCCCAUUGCCGCACAGAGUUCAGCACACAGCACGAAGAUCAGCUCCAUGCCCAGGGCAAUGCUGAUUAUUUUAUGACCAGCGGAGAUAAGAUUCGGUUUUUCUUUGAGAAAGGGGUGUUUGAUGAGAAAGGUAACUUCCUGGUGAAGAGGGAGAAGUCUGUGAAUAAGAUUGGGCAUGCUUUGCACGCUCACAAUGCUGUCUUCAAAGAGGCUACCCACAAGGCCCAAGUACAGGAGACGGGAAGGCAUCUAGGCCUUAAGAAACCUGUCAUUGUGCAGAGCAUGUACAUAUUUAAGCAACCCGGUAUUGGAGGCGAAGUAACCCCACACCAAGAUGCCACAUUCUUAAACACGGAGCCACUUGGGCGGAUAAUUGGAUUUUGGAUCGCUGUUGAAGAUGCAACAGAAGAAAAUGGCUGCUUGUGGUUUAUUCCAGGAUCUCACCGCGCUGGUAUUUCUCGGCGCAUGGUUCGUACCCCACCAGGCACCUUCCCAUUGACAGAGUUUGUGGGAAAAGAGCCAAAGUACGAUGAGGAUCAGUUUGUAGCUGCACCCGUUCCUAAAGGGGGCCUGGUUCUCAUUCAUGGAGAAGUUGUCCAUAAAAGUGAACAGAACAGUUCUCCAAAUUCUCGCCAUGCCUAUUCUUUCCAUGUGAUGGAAUCAGAAGAAACUAAAUGGAGCCCAGAUAACUGGCUUCAAGCAACACCUGAGCUUCCAUUCCCUUCCCUGUUUACAUAGAACAGCACUGGAACAUUUGCUGGAGCCUUUCUUCACAACAAAAUGAAACCUACAGCUAAACUAGUAACAUACAUCAAUGGGAUUUUUUAAAGAAUAUCCAAAGAAUUUAUAGUAACAGAAAAGUGAUACCAAGUUACAUUGCAAGAACCCAUUAUAACCCCCCCCCCCCCAGCCUCUCAGGGGCAAGUCAGUAUUGCAUACAGAUAUUACAUGGGACUUCAUUAUUGUCUGUAGAUUAAAGAAAAAACAUUGCAUUUUGUGGUGUGCAAAGUACAAUAAAAAUGACUUUCACUUGUUUCAUAA